GAGGCCAUAGAACCUUGUGAGGUAAUUAAACAAGUAUCAUGCUAUGUGCCAGAAACUGUGUUGGACACAAAAGGACAGCAGUGACGACGAAGGUGAAGUUGUCCCUACUACAGGAUCAAGUAGACAUGUUACAGCCCCUGAUCUUGCCUUUUCUUCUGCUGGGGAUAGUUUCUGCUUUUCAUCUGGAGGCUUCUCACCCUCAUCUGGAGACUCCCAAGAGAGAGGAAGAUCUGCAGCAGGAAGCAGAUGGUUCGGGAGAGCAGGGGAGAGAGUUGGUUCUGAUUCAAGAGACAAUGCAGACAGAGGGAGAGGAGGUUGGGCAUUCCAAACAUCAAGACAUCUUAGAGGAUGGGGAGACAAUGGAGUCAGAUCCAGAUGCCUUAGAUGAGGAUUCGGCAUGCCCCAGGGAAGAGGACACAACUUAUUUGCAGGGAAUGCCUGGGUGCAAGAGCUGCCGCUAUGUGCUGGUGAGGACUCCCAAGAAAUUUUAUAAGGCGCAGAGACUCUGCAGGAGAUGCUACCAAGGCAACCUUGCUUCCAUCCACAGCUACAGUUUCAACUACCAAAUUCAGAGCUUGGCCAGGAAAAUCAACCAGUCCAUCAUCUGGAUUGGAGGCAUCCUCAGGGGAUGGUUCUUCUGGAAGAAGUUUUGCUGGACUGAUGGGAGCCGCUGGGACUUCGGAUACUGGGCCCCAGGGCAGCCUGGGAAUGGCAGAGGACACUGUGUGACUCUGUGUACCAAAGGGGGCCAUUGGCGAAGAGUUUCAUGCAAAAGUCGCCUGCCUUUCAUCUGCUCCUUCUAAGAUGGAGCCAGACCCCAUUUGGAACCUCCUACCUUCCCAGCCCUGGCUGCUCUUUCCCAUCCUUUGGCAUUCAGUUCUGUCCCCAGUCUCUCCUGGCCAUAAAGUCAGGCUUUCUACAGCA